AGUGGGUGUGUGAGUGAAUGGGACACCUUAAUUGAGUAUCGCUCUUUUCUGAAAAGCACGACCUUUUGGGCAAAUGGUCUAAAUUUUGUUUCAUGGGACCUGAAAAAAUUGCAUGAUAAAAACCACAUCCAUUAUAAAUUUCACUCGUGAAAAUAUUUUUCCACUGUCGGCAUCUCUGGUUGAGCAAAUACGGAGCUUGAGCGACUGUGCUGGUUAAAACUUCGUGAAAAUGACUGGAUUCUGGGUGUAUUCUUUCAUUGCACUGGCUGUGAUAUGGUCCACAGUUCACGCAAACACUUUGGAUUCUGAGAGCAGAGAUGAACUAUCACUGGCGGAGUUCCUGUCUAAUAGGAAAAAAAAUUCCAAAGAGGACAACUUGAUCGCUUCUCGCGACUUGAUCGCUGCAGCAAACCCGGAUGUCCUAACCUGCUAUGAGUGCGUGUUGUUUGGUACCCGGGGUAGCUGUCUCUACAAGCUAAAGGAGUGUGGUGCAGGGAUGCUUUGCGGGGCCUUCAUCUUCGAAACUGGGAACUUCUACGGCUGCAUGGAUCCAGGACUGUGCCGUCUGCUGCAGUCUGACACACGAGCCAGUGGUCGAUGUUGUAGCGAGUCCAACUGUAACAUGUAACCUACUAAUGUAUGGUGCAACGACACGUAUCCUUUAGCCAUCCACAGGAGCGUGCUGUCUUCUGCAGUCUUCCACACGAGUCAGAGGUCGACGUUGUAACGAGAACAGCUGCAUCACGCAGCCUAUUUAAAGCAUUGGGUACUGACAUUUAUUCUUUAGUCCAACACACUUCUCCCCCGACCUCUACACUACCAAACCCACUCUCUUUCCUACCAGAAAAUGAAACGUGAUUGAAAACUAAAAUCAGAAUAUGUGGAAUAGGCUGAAUACAUUUUUGUACCCUGUGU